CCUGAAAAUCAGGUUAGGUAUUGGCGUGGGUUCUUGAGACGCUCAAACACUGAAACACAUGUCGUUCAAAUUGGGAAGGCGACGCUUGCUUGGCGCAAGCAUUUUAUGUACUGAUUUCUAAAAAAUUGAGUGAAAUAAUCUAAAAAGUGAAAAAGAAAAAAUUUCAUCAACGGCUCAGCAGUUAAGUAUUAUUAAAUCAAGAUGCAUUUAAGGAAGUUUAUGCAUCCUCGAAACAAGUACAAAGAAGAGCCUAAUUUUAAAAAAUUGGCUCUUUUGUAUCCAGAAUUUCGCAAGGUUGCAAUAACGGAUCUUUCUGGGAAAGUUCGAUUGAAUUUUAAAGAUGAUGAAAGUUUGCGCGUUUUAACAAAAAUUUUGCUCCGACAUGAUUUUGGUAUAGAAGUGGAAAUACCUAAGUCAAAAUUAAUUCCUGCUUUAUCACUUCGUCUUAACUAUGUGUUAUGGAUUGAAGAUUUGUUAAUUCAUUUUGGAGUAAAUGACAUGAAAUCAGCUCGUGGAAUAGAUAUUGGAACAGGUGCUGUUUGUAUUUAUCCACUACUUUUUUCUAAAUUAUAUGGAUGUAAAAUGAUAGCUUCAGAAAUUGAUACAGAUAGUAUAAAAUCUGCCAAAGAAAAUAUUGAUCGCAAUAACAUGCAAGAACUUAUUAAAGUGGUUUCUGUACCUCAAGAAACAAUCUUAUCAAGUUUCAUAAACAAUGAAGAAAACUAUUCUUUUGUUAUGUGCAAUCCUCCUUUUUUUAAAACUGACCACGAUUUAAAAAAACAAGAUAAACGACUUCCUCCGCGAAAUGCUUCUUCUGGAAAAGAAUCUGAAUUAAUUGUUGAGGGCGGAGAAAUAGCUUUUAUUAUGAGACUUAUUGAUGACAGUAUGAAGUUUAAGGAAAGAAUACAAAUUUAUACUUCUAUGAUUGGAGUGAAAAAAAAUUUAAUAUUUUUAAGAUCAGAAUUGAAAAGUCGUAAUAUUGAAAAUGUGACAUGGACCGAAUUUUGUCAGGGAUUUACCAAAAGGUGGGGAAUUGCAUGGUCAUUUCUACCAGAAAACAUUUUAAAUUUAUCUACAGCACCUUCAAUUAAAAAAAAAAAUGAAGAUUUUGAGAAAAAAAAAUAUGAAAAACCACCAUUUGACAUUAUUUUUCCGCCUCAUGGAAACUUAAAAAGCCUUCAACAAGUGAUUUCAGGUUUAAAAUCCUGUGUCAGACAAUUAAACUUUAAAUUAAAAGAUAUUCAUUUUGAAGAAAGAGAAAAUCUUUACUGGGCGUGUCAACUGACAGCACACCAUGACUCAUGGAGCCAAUCAAGGCGAAAACGUCGAUUAUCUUUGCAACUGGAAGCUAAAUCGAAAAAAAUGCGCAGUUCUACAGAUGAUUCCCAAUCAUCCACAAUUGACACACAAAAAAAUGAACAAAUCUUAAGAUUAGAAAAUAAAGUACCCUUCUUGGUAUUUAUACUGCUUCUCUACACAAUACAAACUGAAAGUGAAUGUCCUGAACAAAAUAGUUCACAAUUUAAAAUCUCACUAACAUUUGAAAGUGGAAGUGGAGGUAGAAAUUCUCUUGAAAGCUUUCGUCAGUUUCUAGUUAAUAAAUUGAAUGUCAGAGAAUAUUUUCUGAAACAAUUUAAAAAUAAAAAAAAUAAAAAAAAAUAAUAACAUUUGUUUAAAACAUUACAAAAGUUUUUAGCGAAAUGUUUACAAAUUUUUUAAAUUUUAUACAAUUUACGUACUUAUUUAUGUAUCUUAAUUAUUUGCAUUACUUCAGUAGGAACGAUUCUCAUAGUGUAAAAUUAAAAUGGAUUAAGUUUCGUUUAUUAAUUUAUAAGCUUUAAUGUAUUUAUUUUUGUUAAUAAUAAUAUGGCUGUAAUAAUAAAUUUUGCAUUAUAAAAGAAA